AUGGCCGAUAUGCUGCACCAAUUAUCCGAGCGGUUGAGCGGCGCCAUAGCCGCUCUCUCUAAUUCGGUAUAUACCGCCUCAACGUUCUUGUAUCGCGACAUUCUGCUCUUCCACUGGCCAGUCGAUUUCUACAGCGUCCGGUUCGCGAGAUGUUGUGAGGCUAUGGAUCUUAGCAGUACAGUGCAGAAUAAUCGCUUGUCUGUUCAAGGCACUCUGAGAUUGUCAGUGUCCCCAACAGAGCAGUUCGUCGACUCAAUGAUCCACCAGUGGGCACGAGUCUUCUCGGCCUGUACUGCUAUCUUGACGAUUGUGGAGACAAUUUCACAGACUGUCACCUUCGGGACCAACCCGCUAUUGUUCACGACUGCAAUACUGUCCAUAGUUCAAGCAUGCAUUGGUAUGACAUUCUCCGGGAUGUACAUCUGGUUUGCCUACGAGGUGAAGGAGGUUAACCGCGGAGGUCAAUUGCUGCAGCGCUUGAGAAGCCUCGAAGCAUCCCGCUGGUUGAAGCCGUCGAUGCUUCUUGCGGCGCCGGUUGUAUGGUUUCUCUGGGGAGCAAUCACCUCGAGCAUCAUGAUAAUUUUCAGCAUCUGGGAUCGGCAUAUUCUUCAGAAUGCACCAGAUAAUAGCGCACAAACCGCAUCGCUCCCCGCAGCGAUCAUCUCUGGCAUUGUGAUCACCACGACCGCCAUUGUGGGUGCUGCACAUCUCCUGCUCGCAGUCUCAGCCUUCUGGAAAUUUCCGCUGUCCCGCGAGGACAACAAUCACCAUGAGGAUGGCACUAGGGUAGACGACAUGCAGCCCUAUCUUAGCGCUCGUUUGGGCUCGGAAGUAACUGACUAG